CAGGGCACUUGCGAGAGAGGGGCCUGCCCUCCUAGCUAGCUGACUGGCUAAUCAGCAAAAGAACAGAAGGUAGAGGUCGAACCAGCUCGAUCCAUCGGCAGCAGCUAGCUAGCCCUGCCCGCUCCAGCCAUGAUCCAUCUGAAGCAGCCGCUGGUGCUCUCCGCGCAGAGCAGCAAUGUUGCCUCGCCGCCGCUCUUCGCCACGGCGGCGGCCGCGAGCGGCCAGCAGAGGCGGGCGUCCGGCGCCGGGAGGAGCGGCUCCUCGCGCCGGCUCACGGCGCGCAGGAUAAGCUGCGCGUCGACCGAGGAGGCCGUCGGCGUCUCGACGUCCGUGACGACCAAGGAGAGGUCGCUGACGGUGACGGCCGUCGUGACCGCGCAGGCGCCGACCUCCGUGUACGUCGCCCGGGGCCUCGACGACAUCCAGGACCUCUUCGGCAAGACGCUGCUGCUCGAGCUCGUCAGCUCCGAGCUUGACCCCAAGACGGGAAGGGAGAGGGAGGGAGUGAAGGGGUUCGCGCACAUGACGCUCAAGGAGGGGACGUACGAGGCCAAGAUGUCGGUGCCGGCGUCGUUCGGGCCGGUGGGCGCGGUGCUGGUGGAGAACGAGCACCACAGGGAGAUGUUCAUCAAGGACAUCAAGCUCAUCGCCGGCGGCGACGAGAGCACCGCCAUCACCUUCGACGUCGCCUCCUGGGUGCACUCCAAGUUCGACGACCCCGAGCCGCGCGCCUUCUUCACCGUCAAGUCAUACCUGCCGUCGCAGACGCCGCCGGGAAUCGAGGCGCUGAGGAAGAAGGAGCUGGAGAAGCUGCGCGGCGACGGGCACAGCGAGCGCAAGUUCCACGAGCGCGUCUACGACUACGACACGUACAACGACCUCGGCGACCCGGACAAGAACAUCGACCACCAACGCCCCGUGCUGGGCACCAAGGAGCACCCCUACCCUCGCCGGUGCCGCACCGGCCGGCCCAAGACCCUCUACGACCCGGAGACGGAGAAGAGGAGCUCGCCGGUGUACGUGCCGCGCGACGAGCAGUUCUCGGACGUCAAGGGGCGGACGUUCAGCGCGACGACGCUGCGGUCGGGGCUGCACGCCAUCCUGCCGGCGCUGGCGCCGCUGCUCAACAACUCGCAGUGUUUCUCGCACUUCCCGGCCAUCGACGCCCUCUACAGCGACGGCAUUCCGCUCCCCGUCGACGGGCACGGCGGCGCCUCCUUCAACGUCAUCAACGACGUCAUUCCCCGUGUCGUCCAGAUGAUCGAGGACACCACCGAGCACGUCCUCCGCUUCGAGGUCCCCGAGAUGCUUGAGAGGGACCGAUUUUCCUGGUUCAGAGACGAGGAGUUCGCGAGGCAGACGCUCGCCGGGCUCAACCCUAUCUGCAUCCGCCGCCUCACGGAAUUCCCCAUCGUGAGCAAGCUGGACCCGGCGGUGUACGGGCCGGCGGAGUCGGCGCUGACCAAGGAGGUCCUGGAGAAGAUGAUGAACGGGCGCAUGACGGUGGAGGAGGCGGUGGAGAAGAAGCGGCUGUUCCUGCUGGACUACCACGACGUGUUCCUGCCGUACGUGCACAGGGUGCGCGAGCUGCCGGACACGACGCUGUACGGCUCCCGCACCGUCUUCUUCCUGAGCGAGGAGGGCACGCUGAUGCCGCUGGCCAUCGAGCUGACGCGGCCUCAGUCGCCGACCAGGCCGCAGUGGAAGCGCGCCUUCACGCACGGCCCCGACGCCACCGAGUCGUGGCUGUGGAAGCUGGCCAAGGCGCACGUGCUGACCCACGACACCGGCUACCACCAGCUGGUCAGCCACUGGCUGCGCACGCACGCCUGCGUCGAGCCCUACAUCAUCGCCACCAACCGGCAGCUCAGCCGGAUGCACCCGGUGCACCGCCUGCUGCACCCGCACUUCCGCUACACCAUGGAGAUCAACGCGCUGGCCCGGGAGGCGCUCAUCAACGCCGACGGCAUCAUCGAGGAGGCCUUCUGGCCGGGGAGGUACUCCAUCGAGCUCAGCUCCGUCGCCUACGGCGCGGCCUGGCAGUUCGACACGGAGGCGCUGCCGGAGGACCUCGUCAGCCGGGGGCUCGCCGAGCGCAGGGACGACGGCGAGCUCGAGCUCGCCAUCAAGGACUACCCGUACGCCGACGACGGGCUGCUCAUCUGGGGCUCCAUCAAGGAGUGGGCGUCCGACUACGUGGACUUCUACUACAAGUCGGACGAGGACGUGGCCGGCGACGAGGAGCUGCGGGCGUGGUGGGAGGAGGUGCGCACCAAGGGGCACGCGGACAAGAAGGACGAGCCGUGGUGGCCCGUGUGCGACUCCAAGGAGAACCUCGUCCAGAUCCUCACCAUCAUCAUGUGGGUCACGUCCGGCCACCACGCCGCCGUCAACUUCGGGCAGUACCAUUACGCCGGGUACUUCCCCAACCGUCCGACGGUGGUGCGGAGGAACAUCCCGGUGGAGGAGAGCCGGGACGACGAGAUGAAGAAGUUCAUGGCAAGGCCAGAGGAGGUGCUGCUGCAGAGCCUCCCCUCGCAGAUGCAAGCCAUCAAGGUGAUGGCGACGCUGGACAUCCUCUCCUCACACUCCCCCGACGAGGAAUACAUGGGAGAGUACGCCGAGCCGGCGUGGCUGGCAGAGCCCAUGGUGAAGGCGGCGUUCGAGAAGUUCAGCGGCAGGCUCAAGGAGGCGGAGGGCACCAUCGACCAGCGAAACAACAACCCGGAGAACAAGAACAGGUGCGGCGCCGGCAUCGUGCCGUACGAGCUGCUCAAGCCGUUCUCAGAACCAGGGGUCACUGGGAGGGGCAUCCCCAACAGCAUCUCCAUCUGAUAGGGUCCCCAGGAUAAGAGAUCAUUGCAUGUAGGAUUAUUUAGGAAUAAGAUGUACACCAUGUACGCACCCAGCAGCGAUUGCUCCCGUCCCGUGCAUGACGGGGGGCGGGAGAGGCAUCUACUAGUAGUACUAAUAAGGUUAUUUGAAUUGUGACCUCGUCGAAUCCUAAUUAGGUAAUUCGCAACCAAAAAAAUCCUAAUUAAGGUAAGAAAGAGUGGGCAUCUAAUUGCAUUCCUGGACA